CCAAGCUCUUUUGUAUUCCCGCCAUUUUUAAACAAAAAACGACACGACAGAACAUGACGAGAAAAAAGAAUAUGUAUUUAUGACGGCAUGUUGUAAAUAUGAGUAAGUCCAAGGAUGCAAAUGCUGCCAAGGCAGUGGUGGAAUAUCUGAACAGACAGAAUAGGCCGUACAGUGCCAUAGAUAUCUUCAACAACCUCCACAAAGAGUACGGCAAGACGGCCAUUGUGAAAGCUUGUGAGAGUUUAAGUCAAAGUGGACAAAUCAAAGAAAAGGUUUAUGGAAAGCAGAAAGUUUAUGUGGCAGAUCAGGGCCAGUUUCCAGACGUCGAUGAUGGGGAAAUUCGAGACAUGGACGCCAGAAUCAGCGAACUGUCGGCGCAGUGUAAAGAGAAGGAUGAGGAAGUGAGAAGAUUGGAUGCUGAAUUCAGAGGACUCAACAGUUCAAUAUCGACAGAAGACGCAAUGUUACAGCUCAAACAGCUAACAGAGGAGUGUGAAGCUUGCAACUGUAAAUUAAAUACACUGAGAGAUGGUGGGAAAACUGUUUCACCGGAAGAGAAAGACCGGAUUUAUGAAGCAAGAAAGAAAUAUGUCAAAGAAUGGAGGAAAAGAAAACGAAUUAGUAAUGAUAUUCUAGGAGCAAUAUUAGAAGGCUAUCCCAAGACUAAAAAGCAACUUUAUGAGGAGAUUGGGAUUGAGACAGACGAAGAUUACCAGCUGUCCCCUCCAGAUAUUUGAUGGACCAUUAAAAGAGAGAGAGAGAGAGAGAGAGAGAGAGAGAGAGAGAGAGAGAGAGAGAGAGAGAGAGAGGCUACCAGUAUUUGGUGGUCAAUUAAAAGCAAUGAGAGAGAGAGAGAGAGAUGUAAAUAUUCAUUGCUUGGGCCAACAAAUAAGAUGAUAUAAUUUAUCAGGCCUCAUUCAGGAUGCUUUAAACCCGUUUUAUCCCUCUUAUCAAUAUUCCAUUUGACACUAAAAGGGGAAUAACUCGAAUUCGUAUAUGAUAUUAAACUGAAUACAAUAUUUGACCCAAAUUACUGUCGAUUUCGAUUUUUGUUUUGUCUUAAUCUUGUCGAUUGUGAAAAAUGUAUUUUAUAAAACCAUUUGUGUUCAUGAAAAUAAUGCAAUAACCUGCUCAGACAUUUUGGUGGUUAUGGCAAUGAUUUAGUUGUUUUAUCUACUGUUUAGUUAUAUUUACUUAAGAAAAUAAAGAGUUAUUAAAAAAAUUA